UUUCCCCGGUGCACACAGUCCGGCAGAAAACUGCGGCUUUUCCUCCGGAGCGCUGAAGAAGAGCGGCGAGGAAAGGACGCAGUGAAGGAGACGUCCACAGAGAUAUCCAGUGAUGGUCUGCUGUAGAAACCAGAGUAUGUGGUUUCAGCUAGGAUCUCCACCCCUCCUAACAAGUCCUUGACACUCUGCAUGAACAUCAGACCCAGUGCUCCCCCUUUGACUUUAAAUGUAAUUAAACUCAGACUCGACUCCCUAACUCCUGCUGUAAUGGGGAAUCACAGCCUGCUGUCCCUCACUGUGGCCUUGCUGGGUUUCCUGACCCCAUGCCUAACAAGACUGACUCCCAGAGUCUCCUUUCCUCUGGGUAGUCCUGGGAGACAUCUCACCCACUUCAGAAGCCAUGAUGUCAGCAACACCACCACCCUGCUGCUCAGUGAAGAUGGAGACAUGCUGUAUGUAGGAGCCCGGGAUGCUGUGUUAGCACUGGAUGUUAGCAGCCAGGAUGUCAUCAUACUGAGGAGCAAGCUGGACUGGAGCCCUUCAGAGAAAGACCUUGAACAAUGUUCCAUGAAAGGCAAGAAAAUGGCUGACUGUCCCAAUUUCAUUCGUGUGCUGCAGUUUUUGAACACCACCCACAUCUAUGCCUGUGGAACGUAUGCCUUCAGUCCACGCUGCACCUACGUCAACUCAGAGACGUUAACAAUGAGCCUCAAGCCUGAAGAAGGAAGAGGUCGCUGCCCCUAUGAUCCCUACCAGCGCAACACCGCCAUCAUCGUAGAUGGGGAGCUUUAUACCGGGACAGUGGCAGACUACAGGGGGAACCGGCCAGUCAUCUCCCGGCACCUCAGUGAGGGCAGGCGUGUUGAUCUGAAGUUAGACGAUACAUUAGGAUGGCUGGAGGAUCCGACCUUCAUCAGCUCCAGUUUCAUUCCGGAUGAGGAGAAAAUCUACUUCUUCUUCAGUGAAGUGGGCAGAGAGUAUGACUUCAUUGACAAAUUUAUCGUCUCUCGUGUUUCUCAGAUCUGCAUGAGUGAUGUUGGAGGCCAGCGGACCCUGCAGCGACGCUGGACCACAUUUGCCAAAGCUCAGCUGUUGUGCCAGGCUGACAACGAGCUUCCCUACAAUGUGAUCCAGGACAUAGCCACCCUCCCACCAGCAGAGGGGGCUCCAGCAGAUGACACACUCUUUUAUGGCAUCUUCACAUCCCAGUGGUCGAUCAACUCUGGACGCUCAGCAGUGUGUUCAUUCCGCCUGGCUGACAUCAAAUCAGUUUUCUCUGGUAAUUACAAAGUCUUGAACCGGGACACAUUACAGUGGAGCACGCGGGUUCAAGAGAAGGUCGCAAAUCCAGGAGAGUGUGGUCUGCACAAUGCAUCAGACAACGCACUGCGCUUUGUCAAAGAAAACUUCCUGGCUGACGACAGUGUGCGACCAGUUGGAAGAAGUCUAACCAUGCUGUCUGCUGAGCACAACUACAGCCAUCUGAGUGUCCAAAGAGUCCAGGCUGCCAACAACAGAGACUACACGGUCCUAUUUCUGCUUACAGAGUCUGGUUUCUUGCACAAAACAGUGCUGCUGCCGAGUGGGGCCCACAUCAUAGAGGAGGUCAAGAUUUUUGAACAGCGUCAGCCAGUCAAAAGCCUGAAGCUCUCCAUAUCCAAGGGUAUGAUAUAUGUUGGCACAUCAGAGGGUGUGGUGAGUCUUCCAACAGCCAACUGCUCUUUCUACUGGACCUGCCCUCAGUGUGUUCUGGCCCGAGACCCCUUCUGUGGUUGGGACCCUGCCAGCAGAGCCUGUGUGGCCUCUAACACCCAGACCAGUCUAGGCCAAGACAUAGACCGAGGGAAUGUUGAAGAGGCCUGCCAGAGUGUUUCAUUGACACAUAGAGCCAGAUUUGGUCCAAACAAACUGCCUGCAGCCUCAUGUCCUGCAGGUGAGCUGGUGUCAGUGUCUCUGAAUGAAGUGGUGCGGUUGCAGUGUCCUGCUGCGUCCCGGCUGUCCCAGCAGCUGUGGGAGCGUCCCAACAGCCGGCUGUCCCCAGACCUGUACCUGCACUUGGAGGAUGGGAGUCUGAGCUUUGUGGCCACCCCCACCACACUGGGCCACUACCUGUGCUUGUCCACUGAGAAUGGCUACCAACAGACCAUGGCCAUCUAUCAUGUGAAACAGAAGAGCAGCCCCAUGGCUCAGACUCCAACCAGCUACACAUGGCCUCACAUAAACCCUGCACCCACCACACAUGCUGCCCGGCCUGGGCUUGGGCCUGGGCUGUAUACAUCUGUGGGUACUUGGCCAAAAAGAACAGAAACAAGACAAGGAAAGACUCAGCCGACACUGGCCAGUAGGGACACUCAGGCCACCACCAGACAGCUGGGCAGAAACUUGACCCUGUGGACAGAGGAGUCUGGGAAGAAAAAGUCAGAGUUUCGGGACGGGGUACCCCUGCUGUCAGCCCGAGGACCCUGCUACCUAAAAGAACUAGUGGUUGUGUCAGUUCUGCUGGUGCUCUGCCUCAGUCUGCUCAUCACCAUGCUUCUGUAUGUCAUUAGACAGCGCUGCCGCAGUCGAACGGCCCCACAGGCAGAAAAUCCAACCAGAGACUCUGACAGAAGGACCCCUGUAGAGCAGGAGGCUCUCAGGGGGAACCAGUUUCUGAGCAAACGCAACGGGCAAGCCCAGCACAGCGGACAGGCCAGUGGCUUAGUUUGUAACGGGGCACUCACAGGCUCCAACGGGCAUUUGCCCAACACCCCCAUCUGACCAGGCUCAGACAUUUGGACAGUUGUUACAGAUGAGACUGGAGGUAGGGGGGUGCAUCCCAGGUACCAGAGUCACCAUGGUGACUGUCAGCCCUGUGUGAGGUCCUUUUUGCACAGCCAGUGACAAGAUUCAAACACUGUGGAGUCCUGUCAUCCUGAUUAGUAAGAUUUGGAUCUAAUAGGAUGAGAGACAAUAUUCCUGUGGUACUUAAAUGAAGACACAUGACUGUUGUGAUGGAACUUCUUUGUUGAUGUCAGACGCUCAACACACUUUCUGAAUGUUCUACUGUAUGUGUGUUUUCACUUACUAGUAACAUUUGAGACAGAAAGGUACAAGCUAAUCCAGUACAGCUAGUUGUUAAAAUAUUUUUAUAGAAUAGUCAUUUUUGAUGCAGAGUCAUGCAUAUCUUUUUAUGGAACAAGGACAUUUUCAAGAGUUCAUCCAAAGCACACAUGAACAGAAAUGUUGGGAAUGUUGAAACGCAGUUGAUGCCCAGGUUAUGUUCUGUGGCCAAGCUCUCCACAGUCCAGUUAGUUUGUCGUUCAGUCAUUAGUAGAUGGUCGGUGUGGAGGAACAUACACAAAGACCAAAGACGUCAGGCCAGUAGGCUUGUUUAUCAUUUGUUUGUGAGAUGUAUUACACACAGAUUGUGAACGUGCCUUGGCUAUGGUUGAGCUAUUUGAGCAUCAAUAAACAUGCAGCUAUAAGCUCUGAUGUGACGACACAGUGCUGUCACUCAGUGUUUACAUUUACACUUCAAUAAACAGGCUACAGAUGUCGGCUUUCUGCAGCCAUCUGAUUCUUCAACGUAAUGAGGCCACUCUUCAAUGAAGUCUUUUAUCAGACCGACACAACGUUACUAGAAAUGCUCCAGCUGCUUGGGCUAAUCUGAUACUACAUCACUGCAGCUUUAUACUGGGCCAAACAACCAAUUAAGGUGUAAUAUCACCACCUGUUGUGAUUCACCAUUUUGUUCUAAUGAUUGGAUAUAAGCUAACUGCAUUUGAAUACAAAACAAAACAACAUAAAACAACUGUUAUCAUUUCGCUGUAGGUCUUUUUCCCUUUUAACCUGUAUCAUGGAUGAUGUAAAGUCAGAUUGUCUCUGUUGUCUGACAGCACUAAAAACAUUUGAAUUACAUUUAAAGACCUCCACUUUCCCAAAAACAUACACACUACUAAAUAAUUUCUGCAAUUCUGGAGACAUUUUCAUCAUAACCAGGAUUAUUACAAACAGGAUAUCAUAAAUGCAGAUGCUUUAAUAAUAACAAUAAUAAGCAAGCUGCUGGCUUACGUGCUUUUUGGUGAGCAGUAACUUUACAAACUGGUUUAAAUGAUCUGCUCACAACACAAGUACACAAAGGUUUUCAAUGAAUAUGCAGAUGCUUGUCGAACUGUUUGUAUGAGGGGAAACAUGCAGAGAUAUUUAACAUUCACUUUUUCUCAUAUUGGAGGAUGUUAGUACACAGCUGUGCUGGUAAACUGUUAUUAUCAUUUGGACAGUACAUCAAAUUAUCUGUGCAAAUACAGGGAGAUCUGUACUCUCAGCUCACUGUCAGUCCUAUAUGCACACACGGGAAACAUGAGGAAACCUCUUAUAUCCCAGCUGCAGUUAAAGUCAGUAAGCCAUGGUUCCCAAAUAAUGUUGGUGUAGGAGAGGGAUCAGAUCACUGCCCUGCUGCAUGUAUACAUGGAUGUUACAGUAAACAGGUUACACAGCAUUUAAACAUGGCGUCUGAUUUCCUGCUUAAGAUGAGUACUUUGAGGAAGCUGUUUUCUUCGGUACAAUUUUUUUCCCUAAACAUCUCACUUAGUGAUGGUUUUACUGUUGAAUGUGUGUGGUACAGGAAGUUUCAGGUGCACUGAAAUUCAUCAGAUCAUGACUUAUACCAGCAUCCACAGACUUUUAGCUGUGAACAACACAAAUCACUGCUGCUCUAUUUGUACUUACAUGUACACCGCAAGAGUGGUUUGUCUGUGGAGGGCCCUAAAUGAAAUUUGGUUGUUAAAAAAUGCAUUCCAUUUGAGUGUGUUGUUGUCAUUCAGCUGCUGCUGAGAAGUCUGAACAGGUUCAGGGAGGUAAAUAAUUAAUUGGAGGUAGCUGACUUAAAGAAAGCUCACAGAAUGCUUUAAUUUGUGUGAAGAAAAUCAGGACCAAAUGUUCAGCACUGUUAGAACGUUUUCAAUUUAUGGAAGACCUUUCUACUCUCAGAUGCUUCAUAUCUAUCAUAUCAGCAAACAAAUGAAUCCCAUGUGUUACUCAGUUGUAUUCUCUGCAAACCACACAGUGCUUUUGUCAAUUUGAACUCAUGUUUUUACCUCUGGAUCUUUGACAGUGCUUCAGCUUUCAAUGCUUUCAGAGUUAUUAAUUGCAAAGGUGGAAAAAUCUCAAAGAAUGGACAACAGCCAUCUCCUCCUUAAAGUGUUGAUACAUUUUUAAAUGACCAUCACGUUGUUUGCAUAUUUUUUAUUUCAUUCCUCUCGCUGUUGUCAUGAAGCAGCCUCUGCCAUGUUAGAGAUGGAAAACAAUGACUGCUGACAUAUGUAAUAAAAAGCCAGGUCGGUCUCUAUGAUCCGGUCCUUCUGGACUGGAUGCGCCUCACCUCUGAAUCCACACAGCUCUGUGUGUGGUGUCCUCUGGUGUUACACACUGUUACAUUAUUUCAAGUUUCCAUUGCAUGUCUUCUUUAGCAUUAUGAGUCGUGAAGCUACUGGACUACUACUAGACUGCUACAGGCAGCUGUGUAAAGGCUUCAGUGUCA